AGGCUGUUGAUUGGACACACCAAACCUAUAAAUAGUGGAGCUCGUGGUUCGAUCUCUAUAACAUUGUGAAAAGAUUUUGUGGAUCAUUUUUCUGAAGGAAAAAUAAAGAUGAGCGGAUGUCCAUUUCUAGCAAAAGCUCAUCAUUUUAAAAGCAAUCCUGAAGAGGAAGAAGAUGAGGAUUCUCAAAAAGGCACCAACAAAGACACCAGUGGGGGAAUCGUUUAUGGAGAAUACCUGCAGCUGGAUAAGAUUAUUAACGCUCAGAAACUGCAGAGCGAACUGAACGGCAACAAAAUCCACGAUGAGCAUCUGUUCAUAGUGACCCACCAAUCUUAUGAGUUAUGGUUUAAGCAGAUCAUGUGGGAGCUGGAUUCGGUUCGGGAACUGUUCAUUCACAAUCACGUUCGUGAUGAGAGGAACAUGCUGAAGGUGGUGAGCCGUAUCCACAGGAUCACCAUGAUCUUCAGGCUGCUGGCGGACCAGUUUUCCGUGCUGGAAACCAUGACGGCUUUGGAUUUCUUCGAUUUCAGGGAAUAUUUGUCAUCAGCUUCAGGUUUCCAAAGCCUUCAGUUUCGUCUUCUUGAGAAUAAGAUAGGAGUUUCUGAGAAAUUGAGAGUUCCCUACAACCGCCGUCACUAUAGGGACAAGUUCCACGGGCAGGAGAGUGAGGACUUGAUCAAAACGGAGCAGGAUCCCACACUGCUGCAGCUUGUAGAGAAAUGGCUGGAGAGAACCCCUGGCCUUGAAAGGGAUGGCUUCAACUUCUGGGGAAAGCUACAAACAAACAUUGACGAUGGUUUCAGGAAGGAGAAGCAGAAGCUUGAAAAAAUGCCAAAUGGUGAGAAGAAACGAGACUUGCUGGAGAUUCUCACGAAGCAGAUGGAAGUGUUCACUUAUCUGUUUGACUCCAAACAUCACGAACAUCUCUUAAGCAAAGGAGAACGCCGUCUGUCCCACAGAGCUCUUCAGGGAGCCCUAAUGAUUUACUUUUACAGAGAGGAGCCUCGCUUUCAGGUUCCUUUCCAGCUUCUGACCUACCUGAUGGAGGUUGAUACACUUAUGACUAAAUGGAGAUAUAACCACGUGUGCAUGGUGCACAGAAUGAUUGGCAAUAAAGCGGGCACCGGUGGUUCUUCGGGUUACCAUUACCUGCGUUCUACUGUCAGUGACCGUUACAAAGUGUUUGUGGAUUUGUUCAACCUGGCGACGUACCUGAUCCCACGAAGCUGGAUUCCCAAACUGAACCCCACCAUAUACAAGUUUCCUUUCACCGCCGAGUGCAAUGACAGCUCAUACAGCUCCAGCGGCUCAUGCAGCAGUGAGGAAGACUAACCAAACGCUCUGCGCUGGCACGACUGCAACGUACCAAUGAAAAUAAUGCUUGAUGAUUUUUUUUUACUGAUUUGUACAAAUGCUUAAUUGGAAUUUCUAGAAAUCAUUACGCCAAACUGAUAGUUGUAAUAUUGUACAUAUUAUUUAUUAGUUCAGGCAUGUUACACAAUCAUAUUAUUUACCCCUGGAUGCCAUUUUGAAUGAUUUACACGCUGCAGGUGAUUUUUUUGUAAAUAUGUAUUUUGUGCAAUCGAAAAUUCAUGUACAUUUUUAAUAGAAAUGUUGAUUUUCACUGCAUGUUUUAAGAAGUGUGUGAUAUAGUUAAUAAACCUUUACCCGUGAUGGUGUUUUAAAAUUG